AUGCAGCAACUUCAGCAGCAGCAGCAGCCGCAGCGGCUGCAGCAGCAGCUACAGCAGCCGCAGCAGCAACUUCAGCAGCAGCAGCAGCAGCUGCAGCAGCUGCAGCAGCUUCAGGCCGAGGCAGCCCAGAUGUCGCUGCAGCCGCAGGCCGAGGCAGCGGAACAGCCGCAGCAGCAAGUGCAGCAGCAGCUGCAGCGGCAGCUGCAGCAGCAGGCCGAGAGUGCCCAGAUGUGGGAACAGCAGAUGCAGCAGGAUAAUGUGCAAAGGCAGCAGCUUCAGCAGCAGCAGCAGCAGCAGCAGCAGCAGCAGCAGCAGCAGCAGCAAGCCACCGCAGAGGCAGCGAGCUGGCAGCAGCGCGCCCAGGGCUCGGCUGCGACGGCUCCUGGGCUGUUCGAGCGCCUCUGGGAGAGUGUUAGUUCCCGGACUUUCCCCAGGAGCACCGGCUCGCACGAGCCGCAGCCCCAGCAGCGACUGCAGGAGCAGCAGCCGCAGCCUCAACAGCUGCUGCAGCAGCCCUGGCAACAAGAGCAGCUGCAGCAACAGCAGCAACUUCAAGGGCCACUGGGACAGCAACAGCUGCGGCGACAGGAACAACUGCAAAUGCAAUUGGAGCAACAGCAGUUGGCUGCCGAGGAGCAGAGAAGGAAGGUGGCCCAGGAGGAGCAGAUGCAACAUAUGCAGCUGCAGCAGCUGAAGGAGCAGCUGCAGCAGCAGCAGCAGCAACUGCAGCGACAGGAUCAGUUGCAGAAGCAGCAGCAACAAGAGCAGCUGCAGCUGGAGUGGCAGCAGCAGCAGAAGGAGCUGCAGCAGGAGGCCGAUGCAGCCGAAGUGUCGCAGCAGCAGGAGCUGCAGCAGCAGCACCCAGCCUCCCAGGGAUCGGCCACGGAGAAUCCAGGGCUUUUGACUCGCCUCUGGGGGGGUGUCUCCAGAAACACGGGCUCGCAGGAUCCGCAACACAAGCAGCCGCUGAAGGCCCCGCCUCAGGCGCUGCAUGAGCAGCCCCUCCUGCAUCAUGCCAGGCGUGAACCUCCCUCGCAGCAGCCGCUGCUGCAGCCGCGGCAGGCGGCGGACCAAGCGCUCCAGCCUGUGGAGGUAGACUUGUCCAGCAACCACGAGGUCCAAGAGGCGAUGACCGACCUCAAGGUCCAGCAGCGUAGGUUGCAGCAGCUGGAGCAAGACCUCCUGCGGAACGGAUCGCAGCGCCAACACCAGGAGCGCAUCGAAGCUGCCAGGGCGGCUGGCACGAGCGAGUACCAGCCAGUGCAUGAGCACUGCACACCACGGUGCUCCUACACGUGCGAGACGCCGAAGUGCGACGAGGAGUGUCACCAGGUGUGCGAGAGUCCGACAUGCCAGACUCGAUGCAAGGACGUCGACCUGUCUGGAUGUAGGAUGAAUUGUGGCAAGCCGCAUUGCGCUGUCAUUUGUCCACAGGACACCUGUAUGGAUGAGGACUGCCCCCAGUGCGAGACGAAGUGCUCGGAGCCGAUGUGCAUGCUGCAGUGUCCGAAAGCGCAGCCAUGCCACAACGAGUGUGAGCAGCCCCAGUGCCAGUGGAAGUGUAAGGCGCCGACGACGUGCCCGAAGCCCGUGUGCCAGAUGCAGUGCGAGACGCACCCAAUGUGCGUUGGACACACCUUCAAGGAGCUGCCGCCGCUGCAGGAGGGCGAGACGACGGUGCAGUCCUUCGCCGUUCCAAGAAAUGGAGCUGCUACUCUCCCUGCCCGCGAGGUGGCCCACCAAGGCCUGCCGCAGACGAUGCAGGUCCCCGUUGCGUCGCUUACCUCCGGUGAAGACGCCACGUGGCCUGGCGUCGAGCAGCUCGUUGACAUCCCCGUGCUCGUGACGCCGAGCAUCUCGUAG